AUAGCUUAUUGCUCGGACAUGGAUAAGUCCGUGCUUGCAAAUAAUUUCGAGAAAAGAGGGUGGAUACAAGUAAAUCCAGACGACGAAUGGAAUUUCUAUUGGGCAGGUGCGCAAACGUGUCGCUCGCUCUUCAGUGUUGACAGUGGCUACAGGAUGAAUGACAAUCAGAUGAUCAACCACUUCCCGACGCACUACGAACUCACUCGGAAGGAUCUUAUGGUGAAGAAUGUGAAGAGAUACCGUCGGGAAUUGGAGCGCGAAGGAUCACCUUUGGAGCGCCGUUACAUACAUCUGGACUUCCUGCCAACAACAUUCAUGCUUCCUGCGGAUUACAAUCUUUUCGUCGAGGAAUUUCGCCGAAAUCCCAACACCACUUGGAUCCUCAAGCCUGCCGGUCGUUCUCAAGGCGUAGGCAUUUUUUUGGUGAACAAACUGGCUCAGAUAAAAAAGUGGUCGCGGGAUACCAAGAGUUCAUUUAACCCUGCGCUCGUCAAGGAUACCUAUGUAAUCUCCAGAUACAUUGAAAAUCCGCUCCUCAUUGGUGGGAAAAAAUUUGACUUGAGAAUAUACAUUCUGGUGACGUCCUACCGACCACUGAAAGCAUACAUGUACAAGCUAGGAUUCUGCAGGUUUUGCACUGUUCGCUAUGACACGUCAGGACAGGAGCUUGACAACAUGUUCGUCCACCUCACAAAUGUCUCCAUUCAGAAACAUGGGGAAGAGUACAAUAACGUCCACGGGGGAAAGUGGCCUAUGAGAACCCUCCGUCUCUACCUGGAAGGAACUCGAGGCAAGACAAGCACAGACAAGCUCUUCACAGACAUCACGUGGCUGGUGGUUCACUCCCUCAGGGCUGUUGCUCCUAUCAUGGCUUCAGACAGACACUGCUUCGAGUGCUAUGGUUAUGACAUCAUCAUCGACGAUCAGCUGAAGCCGUGGAUGAUCGAGGUCAACGCCUCCCCCUCGAUGACCUCCACCACAGCCAACGACAGAAUACUCAAGUACAAGCUGGUGGAUGAUCUUAUUAACAUUGUUCUACCACCAGACGGGAUACCCAACGUCCACUGGAACAAAGUCCCGACUCCGGACAAGUACGGCGACUUCGAACUGCUGAUCGACGAGGAGCUGUACCAGAACAGCGACCACUCGUCCAGCCACCGCGGAGGCCGUCAGUCCGACCGCCACUCCGCCCCUCGGUGGAAAUAGCCCGCGGCCAAGAAGUGUGGCAGGACAUCCUCCACGCUUCCCACUCACGCUCAACGAGACAUCGCCAGCUCCUCCACCAGCAGCUCCUCCAAGAAGGCCGAUGUUGGAUCGCCCAAGGAGACCGUCCGCUCGCAGGUAGAGGUCGCUUACGGAGAGGAACCAGGUUAUAACGACCCGACCACCUCUUCGGCAGCGUCCAGAUGGUAGCUAGCUGGCUCUCGGGCUUUGUCUUAGUGGGAAGGUAGAGAGUGUUCAUCACACUUCUUGCUCUUCAAGAUGACCCGGCCUUCGAUCUCAUGAAUAUGAUCAGUGCUGGAUCCCAAUCACACACACAGGAAUAUUCUCCAUAGACUGCCUCACAUAGAAGAAAACUCAGGUUUGUCCCAUGAAAAAGUGACAUACUUCCAAUGUAUUUUCAGGCUAUAUGAUCGUUUACACAAGGCAAAAUUAUGUCAGGUGUCCCUUGAUAUCUAACAUCUCAGACAAACUACAGAGAAGGUUUAAAACAGCCAUGAAAAUACAGAGAAGAUUUAAAACAGCCAUGAAAAAAUUGUAAAUCGCACCAGCAAAACGUAACCUUGAGAAUCUCUCACACAUUAGAAUGGAAAAAUCUUAUAAAUGAUGCAAUGAUAAUGUGCAUACAACGAUUCCGAUUAUGACAUAAUAUCACUGCUGAUAUACAUAUUAAUAUUUUUUGGAAGCAUCGAGUUUGUCUUUCAUAAAAUCAGUUUUGAAAGAUUCUAGUGGAUGAUAAGGACGUUUUUCGUUUUUCUUACCGGCGGGGAAAAUGUACUGCUUGCGAGAGAAUGAAUGUACUUAUUUCUUGCUGAUUAGUUUCCGUACAAAAAUGUCUUCGUCACUUACCGCAUGCACGAAUGUUUGACAGCGAUGAUUAACGAACACAAAUGUGUAACUAAAGAACCAUACAAAAAUGUUGAUAUAAAAGUCGGCUCAAAAUUUUGAAGUGAACCGAAUACAAAUUAAUGGCGUUAAUUAUUAUUUAUUGAAAAUUUUCCGUCGCAUCAAAAUCUAAGAUUAAAACAAAAUAUAGCGAUAGGCUGGGGCUUAGGGUGAAGCCCUCAAGUAAGGAUUUUUUUUUGGUUCAGUAAGGCGAUGUUUGUGGAUUUCCAGAUUGAUCAGUGGUCAAAACAAACAAAUAUGCCAGACAUCAAACGUCGCACAGCAUUAUGGCAAAGUACUGUGACGAAAAAAAAAGUAAAUAUGGGUUAACGAUUAGGAUAAGUGGACAGAAGAGGGGACGAAGAAGGGAAGGGAAGGGAAAGGAAAGGGAAAGAAAAUACCCUGCAAAAUUAGUUGAGGCGAGAGCUGACGUCCAAGGGAGGGGUGAUCCCCUACUUCAUGAUUGUUUUUGCUUUUCUUAAGGGUUUCUAUUUCAUGUUUCGAAAUUUCCUUGUUGCGUUUAGUAAUGCAGAGUUACGUUAAGGUUUCCAAUAUUAUAAUGCCCACGGUUUAUGCUGUGUUUCUUUCACAUUUAGUAAUUUGUUUCUAGGUAAAUAGAUCGUAGCCUUUGUGAAUGCAACUACACUUGCCCUUAAGAGCCGUGUACCUCACCUUGUCCGAUCCUGAUUGCACAAAAUCAUAAUGAAAAAGUUUUGCUGGAACUGUCCUACAGAAUGGAUAGGAGUGCGGUAUGUUUUGCCAGUGACUGUGCAUUUGUAUUCUUAAUGCUCUGAAUGUGUACCCACCCGCAUGACAGGUAUUGCGGAAAUCACCCUUGCACAGCGCAGCACUUAGUAAGUGUUAAUAUGCCUGUCACAGCUGGCGAAUAAGACGCAACGUAGAGCAUAAUCAGUAGUAGCUGGCCACACGAAUACUGCCACAAGUGAGCAUGUGCAUUUCAACCCGCUGUUGAAUCUGCUCUUAUUAUAUGCUUCCGGAACUGUUUUUAUGUGAUGAAAGUAACCUCAUAACAGUUUUAUAAAGUGUAUUUUAGCCACCGAUCUGUAUCCGUUAUCGCGUUUAUAAAAGGACUGAUUGGCGUUUGAGGUAAAAUUCACCAGUUCACGUUUUCUCGAAUGAUUUUUAUAUGGCUGUUUGAUAUGCAUUUGGCUGUAACCUCAAUAUUUCAUUUCCGCUGAUUUAAGUAUAAUAACUAUCGUUGUACUUCGAUCCGGAUGCAAAAUCGUUAAAGUGUCAAUAUCGUUUCUCUGUUUUCAGUACGAUCAUAUGGUGCUUAAUGCAUUUAUCUAUGCAGCGAAAGUACGUGCAUUAUAACGCUUCCAUGGUAUAUUUCUGACCACCAUAUCCACCAGUGCUUUCCUCAUAAUUCUUCCUUCGUAUAUGCCAACGCAAAAAUUAUAAUUUUGCGAUUAUCCUCACUCCCCUUUUCUUACCGAAAGACAGUAAUCUUAAUAACCUUGUCGCGCAUUUCUUUCUUCCACUGCCAGGGUCAAAUAAAACAUUAAAAAGAUUAAAAUAAAAAAAAGUUGUUUUAUUUCUACGUCAUUUUCUUAUUCCUUCCCCGCGAUCACUAGAAAAGCUGCCUUCGCCCCAGCAUGGCCGGCAGAGGUCACAGGGGUCAAGAUGAAUGUGCUAGAAGACCCGACCCGAGAUCACCCCGCCUUCCAGCGCCGCCCACCCUGGGGGGUUUCUGGCGACACCUUCAUGGCACCAUGCAUGGGCGGGGGCGCAGACUCCCAGCAGUCACAAGGAGGGAACAAGGAACACAUGACGAAGCAGUAGCAAAAUGACUGUAAGGUUAUCAAAGUUCAUACAUUUGUAUUAGAAUUAACAAUAAAAUAUGAAGCCUUAAGGAGAAAAAAAAA